UAGUAGAAACUGACGCCACGCCAGUUCAUCCAGAGCCCUCACAACAAGUACCCGCGCCGUGAGCUCGCCGAGUGUAAACAAACAGUGUUGUCUGACUUUAAAUCUUCAAAAUGGCCAUCAGCAGACUGUCCAUCCUUAAGUUCUUGGAGCUGGCGCUGACAUGCUCCUGCGUGGGAAUACACGCCGUGAGUUUCAACGGCGACGUAGAAACAGGCAUGUUGGUGACCGGCACCUUCGUCGGGUACCUCAUCGUCAUCGCCGGCGCAGCCGCUGGUUACGUCCUUCAGACUCCGUCCCACAAGCGCGUGGACGUAUUCUACACGCUGAUUGGAGUAGGCCUCUUCAUCGCCAGCGGCGCGAUCCUCAUUGACAGGUUCCACAAUGCCUCCAGGACUGAAUUCGUCAACAAGAACCUGGCGAAGGCUUCUCUGUCCAUCAUCAACGGAGCCGUCCUGCUCUUGGACGCCAUCCUCACUCAACGAGGCGGUUAAGCUGACACUUCCCGCCCUAAGCCAGCAAGGACUACUUUAAUACUUAACACUAUUAAACAGCACUUCAAGACAAAUACUAUCCAAACUUUAACGAUCUGAAAUUAUCAGAUUUUGAACUAUAUACAAUCUCAAGUACAAAUUGUACCUAUAGUGAAGAAGAGAUCCUAGCAAUUGUCAUAUGUAUUAACGCAGACUGUAGAAUAAAACAACGAGGUCUGUUAACACCAGUUAAGACAAAAUAUUGAGGAUAUCUAACCCACCUGCAAAGGUAUUCAUUUCAUGGAUAAAUUAUCUAUCUACUUAUAUAUAAGGCAUUUUAGGCAGGCACAUAAAUAUAACCUUUAAUAUUAUUAUUUCGUAAAAACGUUAAAAAAUAAUUUUCAAAACAUACCAAGUUUGGGCUCCUCCAGAUACGAUAAGGCUGAUUUUUUUGUACAAUAUACCACAAAUUAAUUGACAAUUUAGAUGUAAUGAUGUGGUAUAUAAUUUACACCAAAAGGUAAAAGAAAAUAAUUCGUACAUGCCUAUAUUUAUGUAGGCAUUCAAGCACAAUAAUUAUCAUGUAGUACAGGAUAAACAAACCAUAGUGUUCGAAUGCAUUCACAAUACCUUGUUAGUCCGUCUUUUCUAAGGUUAUAAUUAUAAGAUAGACUAUAAUAACUUAUUUUCGACAAUUUUAAUACUUAUUCUACGAGUUUUCAGAUCUUUGUCCAUUUAUGGUCACAGCGGCAUUUAAUGUUUUAUACUUAUCAAUUUUACGUAUACGUACAAUAGGAGCUUAUAAAAUGCAAUGUAUUUUUAUAAUGGCAAAUUUGUGUUCGUAAAAUGUUAAAACUUGAACUUUUUUUAUUAAAUGCCUCUAUGUUGA